AUGAUGUACAAGUCCAUCUACGACCUGCUGGGCGCCAGCGAGUUUGUGCUCCUCUACCCCAGUGGCCACAGGGAGGAGCUCCAUUGCAAGGGCGAAGAGCACAGGUUGUUCUGGCCAACCCAGACCGAAUUUCUCAGGCUGGCAGCACAGUUUAAUGCAACAAUUGUGCCUUUUGGAGUCGUCGGGGAGGAUGAUCUGCUAGAGCUGCUCUGUACUUUCGAAGAUAUCAGGAAUGUACCCUUUGGCAAGGAAAUGAUCCAAGCAUAUAGCAAUCAUCUGAAGCUAAGGGACGUUGAUCAUGAGGUGUUAUUCCCGGGACUGUAUCUGAAAAUGCCGGGCCGGUUUUACUACCAAUUCGGGAAGCCGAUUCCGACGAGGCAGGACGUCCUGACUGAUAAGCAGGUUGCGCAUGAAAAUCGGAGGUGGAGCGAAUCAUCUCCUACUUGCUGGAGAAGAGGGUGGAGGACAAGUACAGGAGCCUCCUCCCAAGAAUGUUGA